CCACUAAAAGCCGUGGCACCACCCGGAAGUAUCAGAACUGCCACUGCAAGUGCCACAAGCGCUGCCGCUGCCACAAAUUGCGCUCGGUCCUGCUGUAAAAUAGACACUAGGGUCAAGUUUUAAUCAAACAAUGAGAGAAAUACGCUGCUGCCACGUCAACUUGAAGAAUUCUGAUUCGUUUUUUCAACCUGUGUGAAGAAGAAAUCACAGAAAGGAUUGACUAAAAUGUCACAAGAUUUUGCAGUACGGAAAUAAAGAUGAUAAAGAAGUUAAAACAAGUGAAAGGUAAUGAUGGCGUUCCCUCAGCCCAAACCUCAGGCUCCUCAGCUUCCUCAGCAUCUUCUCCGGACCAUUGACUGCCAGCAAGGAGCUGUCAGGGCUGUUCGCUUUAACGCUGACGGAAACUAUGUACUGUCGUGCGGCAGCGACAAGUCGCUGAAGUUAUGGAGUGUGAGUCAGGGGACCUUCCUGAAGACGUACAGCGGUCAUGGAUACGAGGUUCUGGAUGCAGAUGGGUCAUACGACAACAGCCAGAUUUGCUCCUGCAGCUCCGACAAGAGCGUGAUCCUGUGGGACGUAGCAACAGGCCAGGUCACACGCAAGCUCCGAGGUCACGCCGGGAAAGUUAAUUGUGUGCAGUUCAACGAGGAGGCAACAGUGAUCUUAUCUGGAUCGAUAGAUGGGACGGUGCGGUGCUGGGAUACAAGAUCCAGACGAUUUGAGCCCAUCCAGGUUCUAGAUGAGGCUCGGGACAGCAUCAGCAGCCUGAAGGUGGCCCAGCAUGAGCUGCUUACCGGGUCCGUGGACGGCCGGGUGAGGCGCUACGACUUGAGAAUGGGACAGCUUCAUGUAGACUUCGUCAACAGUCCCAUUACCUGUGUGUGUUUCAGUCAGGAUGGCCAGUGCACCCUGAGCUCCAGCUUGGAUUCAACGGUUCGUCUUCUGGACAAGAGCACCGGCGAGAUGCUGGGGGAGUUUACGGGACACAAGAUGAAAGGCUACAAACUAGACUGUUGCCUGUCCAGUAAAGACACCCACGUGUUGAGCUGCUCAGAAGAUGGAUUCGUCUACUGCUGGGACCUGGUGGAGGGGUCUUUGUCCUUAAAGCUGCCAGUGGGAAAAGCGGUUGUCCAGUCCCUGGCCUUCCACCCCUCAGAGACCUGCCUCCUCACAGCCAUGGAGGGGCGGGUUCAGGUGUGGGGGGCGGAGCCUGAAGAUGCAGAGGAGGACACCACCACCUCGUAGACACGGUGAAAGGCAUCACGGGUGUUCACAGAAGAAGUAGUAAUACUCUGGCUUUACGUGAGCUUUGUGUCACGUUCUGUUUCAUUCAGGAAUCACCCGACAGCUUAGAUCAUUGUGGUUUUGGUGGAAAGGCCACGAGACUGAGAUUUGGGUUAUAUAUCAGCUGUGAAAGAAAAUUUACAGAUGAUCUGAUCCCAAUAAGUGUUUUCCUGCUUGUGUCGCAUCAGAGAUGUAAAACUCAGCCUGAGCCUCGUGUCACAAUGUUUUUAUUUGUUUUCUAAUGUUUUGUUUUUUAUGGUUGAAGAAAAAACAUAAAAAUAAAGAGAAGAUUAGAAAGAAA